AUGCUAGAUGCCGAUUCGACGAUCUAUGCCCUAUCUACAGCCCCAGGGAGAGCUGCAAUCGCAGUAGUGCGGGUCUCCGGCCCAGCAUGUGUCUCGGUACGAAGCCAUUCAUCCCCCGAACUGCAGUACCUAGCAAUUGUACUAACCACGACUCUCGACUCGCAGAUAUACAAUGCAUUAUGUCCAGAAACAUCCCUACCGAAGCCGCGCCGUGCCGCACUGCGCACCCUCUACGACCCAUCACACCCGCCAUCGGUUAACACGGUCCUGGACGCUGGCGCCCUUGUCCUGUACUUCCCUGCUCCGAAAACAGUGACAGGUGAAGAGCUCCUCGAAUUUCACAUCCAUGGCGGCCCUGCGAUUGUCAAGGCAGUCCUUUCUGCCAUUGCACGAACCAAUCAAACAGAAACCGUCGUACGUUACGCCGAGCCGGGCGAGUUCACACGCCGGGCAUUUAUGAAUGACCGGCUCGGCCUUCCGCAAAUCGAAGCUUUAGGUGAUACUUUAUCUGCAGACACGGAACAACAGCGACGCCUGGCAGUACGAGGUUCGAGUGACGCGCUGCUCAAACGGUACGAGGAUUGGCGCCAGCAGCUACUCUAUGCGCGCGGCGAGCUAGAGGCUUUGAUCGACUUUUCGGAAGACCAGCAUUUUGAUGAGUCGACAGAAGAAUUGGUAUCCUCCGUGGCUACGCAGAUCCAAGCGCUACAAGUUCAGAUUGUCUUUCACAUUCAGAAUGCGUCUAAAGGAGAGCUACUUCGGAAUGGUAUUCGUGUUGCGCUGCUGGGUGCUCCGAAUGCUGGAAAGAGCUCGCUUUUGAACCGUGUUGUUGGUAAAGAGGCUGCGAUUGUCAGUACUGAGGAGGGCACUACUCGUGAUAUUGUCGAUGUCGGCGUUGACUUGGGUGGUUGGUAUUGUAAACUCGGAGAUAUGGCUGGCAUUCGUGCGGAGGCAAAUGACCCUGAAUCUAGUGGCUCUAUUGUCAUUGGUGCGGUCGAAAAGGAAGGCAUCCGACGUGCGAGAACGAGAGCGUUGGAAUCUGAUGUGGUUAUUGUGGUGUUAUCACUUGAAGAUACUGCAAACGGUGCUCGGUUAUCUGUAGAGCCCGAGGUGCUUGAUGCAGUCAAUGACUGUGUACAGGCUGAAAAAUGCCUUGUCGUCGCUGUCAACAAGUGCGACAAGCUUUCAUCUUGGAAAGAAAAUGGCACGCUACCGCAUAAUCUGGCCGCUACCGUUCAUGACCUUCUCCCCGCGGUACCGACAAACCGAGUCUUCGCUAUGUCCUGUGAUGAGGCACAGCGAGGAUGCUCUUCCCCAGGUCAAACCGAUCCUGGCAAGUUACAAGAAUUUUUGAAAGGACUGAUCUCGACAUUUGAGCAAAUUGCCUCUCCGCUGGGUGCUGAAGAAGGCACUCAAUAUGAUACAUCAUACUGGGAGGAUUCACUAGGAGUCACUCAUCGACAGAGCUCCAAUCUACAGAAAUGCAAGGACCACCUUGACGACUUUCUUUCGCAGACUUCUUCUACCCCUGAACCAGACGCUUGCUUCGGCAUCACUCCUGACUCUGUCGAUGUUGAUAUCGACAUCGUUACGGCUGCUGAGCAUCUGCGCUUUGCAGCGGAUAUGCUUGCUAGGAUCACUGGAAAGGGCGAGAGCGGCGAUGUAGAAGAUGUCCUCGGCGUGGUUUUUGAGAAGUGA